AUGAAAUCAAAUUUAUAAAUAGAUUACUAAUGUGAGUAAAUAUAAAUGAAUGCUUAUGAGUUGAUUAAACUAAUAUUGAGGGAAGAAGAAGAGGAGGAACAUGAUAAGGAUGAUAAUGAAUCUUCUAAUAAAGCUAUUAUUAUAUUGAUAUUCUUAAGUAUAGGAUUAUUAAUUUCUGGGAUAAUUUUUUGCUUAUGUAAAUAUUUUUACGAGAGAAUAAAACAAAAAAGAUUAGCCUAAGUGCGUCAAUUAAAUGAAUCAUAAUAUUAAUAGUAAAAUAUUUAAUUAGAAACAUUAUGUUUAUAAAACAGAGAAUUGGAAGAUUGUCCAAUUUGUUUAAUGCCAAUACCAAGUAUUUUACUAAUAUCUACUUCUUGUAAUCAUAAAUUCCAUUAAGCAUGCUUAACUUUAUGGUUGUAAGUUGAUAAGAUAUGUCCUACUUGUAGAACAAUAAUAUCUCAAUGA